AUGGCGAUCCACUACCUUAUUCUCCUAUCUCGCCAAGGCAAAGUGCGCCUUGCCAAAUGGUUCUCAACCCUCUCACCCAAGGAUAAGGCCAAGAUCGUCAAGGAUGUUUCCCAGCUUGUGCUCGCUCGUAGAACGCGCAUGUGCAACUUCCUCGAAUACAAGGAUACCAAGAUCGUCUACCGCCGAUAUGCAUCGCUUUUCUUCAUCGCCGGCUGCUCCUCCGAUGACAACGAGCUGAUCACCCUCGAGAUUAUUCACCGAUACGUCGAACAGAUGGAUAAAUACUAUGGCAAUGUGUGCGAGCUUGAUAUUAUCUUCUCCUUCACCAAAGCAUACUAUAUUCUCGACGAAAUCCUUCUCGCGGGCGAGCUGCAAGAGACGAGCAAAAAGAACAUUCUUCGCUGCAUCGGUCAGCAAGACUCUCUUGAAGAUAUGGAGAUCUUUGACGGUGGAAAACCACCUUCUUUCAUAUCAAGAGAUGAGGCCUCUGGGUGGUGGUGGUUACGGCAGCUUGCGGCAAUCGGUGCAGAUGCGCUCAGGCCAUUUGCGUCGAGCAUUGACGGAACACUGGAAGGAUACCGAGUCUUGAGCGUAAAGCAGAAGAACUGCUACGAUGGCCAUCGUCAGAUGCUAUAUGCCAUUGAGAAUGCUCGAUCCUGA